AAUGACUCAGACAACUUCUUCUCCCCCAAACACCCCAAACACCCUUACUUUGUACAUAAAAUGGACCCCAAAGUCGGAGUCGGCGUCUUCAUUUUCAAUGCUACAGGCAAAUUCGUCAUCGGCAAGCGAAAGGGUAGUCUUGGCGCCGGCACAUGGGGAUUACCAGGUGGACACCUCGAGUUCGGUGAAUCCUUUGAGACCUGUGCGGCCCGUGAGACCCUCGAAGAAACAGGUCUGAAGAUCGAGGAUGUGCGAUUUUUAAAUGCCACGAAUUCAAUCAUGAAGGAGGAAAAUAAGCACUACAUUACCAUUUUCAUGGGUGGUGUCUGUGAGGAGGGUAUUGAUCCUCAGAUACUUGAGCCGGAGAAGUGCGAGGGGUGGGAAUGGAUUUCGUGGGAUGAGUUGCGGAUGUACGGGGAGGAGGAGAUGAAGGCUGGUGACGGGUUCGAGGGGAGAAGGUUGUUUUUGCCUCUUUUGGAAUUGUUCAGACAGCGUCCUGAUUUUCGGGUUUGA